GUUACUCGCAACGGUAGCAGGCAAGCCAUCUCCUGCCAGCCGCCACCUUGGGUCCUUCGAAACCCACGAAUCCUACGAAUCCGCGGACUCCUCGGAGCAAUCCUCGCCAGCCUGCGCGCAAGCGUCGCCGGUUUUCAACUUCAAUUAAGUUACUUUAUUUACUAGUGAUUAGUUGAAAGUGUUUUUUUUUUUUUUUUUUUUUUUUUGGGUGAUCCAAAGUUGGGACAUGACAGACUGAUUGGUAGGGGUACCGGCUCCCAAUUCCGGGAUGUUUAGCCAAGAGGAGGGGGACCAGGUGGACCAGGCGGCCAAUGCCAUUUCGGCUGCCUACCGGGCACUGCUCGACUACUAUGCCAAUGCACCCAGUGCCUCGGGUCACAUAGUGUCCCUCACUGUGGGACAACCAUACAACGAUACUGGAUUUGGAUCUGGAUCUGUAUCUGGAUCUGGAUAUGGAUACAGUGGCUUAAGCAAUAGCACUCCCUAUGCCGAGGACUAUUUUGCCACCCAGCAACUGGAAAGCGAGCUGGUCACCGAGGCGGCCAACCUCUACUUCGGCACCAGUUUCAGUUCCGUACCCAGUCCAAGUGCAAGUCCAAGUCCCAGCUCCAGCUCCAGCUCCACCAGCACCACUGGGAUGCCCGUCUGGCUGAUCCCCAGCUACAGCGUGAUCCUGCUCUUCGCUGUGCUGGGCAACCUGCUGGUCAUCUCCACUCUUGUCCAGAACCGUCGCAUGCGCACCAUCACCAACGUUUUCCUGCUCAACCUGGCCAUCUCGGACAUGCUGCUCGGAGUGCUCUGCAUGCCGGUGACCCUGGUGGGCACCCUGCUCCGCCACUUCAUCUUCGGCGAGUUCCUCUGCAAGCUCUUCCAGUUCUCGCAAGCCGCCUCAGUGGCCGUUUCUUCGUGGACCUUGGUGGCCAUCUCCUGCGAGCGCUACUAUGCCAUAUGCCAUCCGCUCCGCUCCAGAUCCUGGCAGACGAUCAGCCACGCCUACAAGAUAAUCGGAUUCAUAUGGCUGGGCGGCAUCCUGUGCAUGACUCCCAUAGCGAUCUUCAGUCAAUUGUUACCCACCAGUCGACCAGGCUACUGUAAGUGCCGCGAAACCUGGCCAGACCAAGGGUACGAGCUCUGCUACACCAUCCUGCUGGACUUCCUGCUGCUCGUCCUGCCGCUGCUGGUGCUCUGCGUGGCCUACAUCCUGAUCACAAGGACCCUCUACGUGGGCAUGGCCAAGAAUAAUGGAAGGAUUCUGCAGCAGUCGGCGCCCGCAGUUGGUGGAAAUGGAGGAGGAGGAGGUGGUGCAACCACUCCCGGCACAAGUGGCAGUAACAACUGCAUCCUCGUCCUGACCGCCACCGCAGUCUUUAAUGAGAAUAGUAACAACAACAAUGGGAAUGCAGAGGGCUCCACGAAUACAGCAACGACAACUUUGACAACGAGAGCGGCGGCACCAACUGUGAUCACCACCACGACCACGACCACGGUGACGCUGGCCAAGACCUCCUCGCCAAGCAUCCGUGUCCACGAUGCGGCCCUUCGCAGAUCCAACGAGGCCAAGACUCUGGAGAGCAAGAAGCGGGUGGUCAAGAUGCUGUUCGUCCUGGUGCUGGAGUUCUUCAUCUGCUGGACCCCACUGUACGUGAUCAACACGAUGAGCAUGCUGAUUGGGCCGGUGAUGUACCAGUACGUGGACUACACGGCCAUCAGUUUCCUGCAGCUGCUGGCCUACUCCUCCAGCUGCUGUAAUCCGAUCACCUACUGCUUCAUGAACGCCAGCUUCCGACGGGCCUUUGUGGACACCUUCAAGGGUCUGCCCUGGCGUCGCGGCGGAGGAGGAGGAGGUGGUGCGGGUGCUGGUGCCGGUGCCGGAGGACUCUCCGUCAGCCAGGCGGCUGGCUAUCCGACCUAUCCGAAUGCCACCAACAUCAGUCUCAAUCCCGGCCUGGCCAUGGGUAAGGGCACCUGGCGGACGCGGUCGCGCCACGAGUUCCUCAAUUCGGUGGUGCACACUACAAACGCCGCCGCCGCCACCUCCACCGACAGUCCUCAGCUAUAACCUGUAAAGGAUUCACCAAGGUUCACCAUGUAAAUAUGUACCAUAUACACGAAUUGUGUUUCACGGGAAACAUGCAUUUUUUUUUUACCUACUUGUGAUUAUCAUCGUACUCGUAAUUGUUUUAAUUGAACUUCCUAAGGUUGCCGCAAAUAAACAGAGUCAAAACUUAAAGAGUUUCGCUGGUUGUAUAACUAUGUACUUUGUACCAUAAACGAAAUGUGUGUUUUUGCUACUUACUUGUGAUUAUGAACUUCCUUGGGAAGCCACAAACAAGAACAUAGUCAAAACUUAUAAUGUUUUGCUGGUUAAGGCUGGAGUGUUUAUUCUGGAGGUUAAGUGGUUGUGUACCAUAAACUAAGUGAGUGUAUUUGUAACCUAGUUCUGAUGAUAA